AUGAAAGCAUACCAACAUCAAUAAAAAUAAUCAUGAGAUUUGAGAUGGCCAAUUUUCUCAAUCUUCUGAAACAUGGAUAAAAUCAUCUUUAGAAACCUUUUUUUUUAACUUACAAAUUAAGUAAAAACUGGCUCAGGGCGCCUGGGUGGCUCAGUCGGUUAAGCGACUGCCUUCGGCUCAGGUCAUGAUCCCAGGGUCCUGGGAUCGAGUCCCACAUCAGGCUCCCUGCUCCGCGGGGAGCCUGCUUCUCCCUCUCCCACUCCCGCUGCUUGUGUUCCCUCUCUCGCUGUGUCUCUCUCUGUCAAAUAAAUAAAUAAAAUCUUAAAAAAAAAAAAAAACUGGCUCAUUUUUAAGAAUGUUCAUAUCAACAUCUUUCAUAGUAGCCAAAAACUAGAAACAAACCAAACGUCUAUCAACAGAAGAAUGGGUAAAUAAGAGAGUAUAUUCACACAAUAAACUUACAUCAUGAUAAAAAAAAAAUACUGAUAAAUGCAACCACAUGGAUGAAUCUCAGAAAGAUCAUGUCGAGUGAAAGAAGCCAAAUCCAAACAGUACAUUCUGUGUGACUUCAUUUAUAUGACAUUCAAAAGCAGGAAAAACUAAUCUAUGGUGAUAGAGGUCAGAAAGUGGUUGGUUAUCUUUGGAGGGUAUCAACUGGGAGAGGGGCAUGAGAGAACCCUCUGGGGACCUGAAAAUAUGUUGAACUGAGUGGUGGCUACAUGGCUAUAAACAGAUGGAAAAGCUCACCAGGCUGUAAACUUAAGAGACAUGCGCCUUACUGUACGUAAGUUAAAAGGGGGAAAUCUUAAACAGUAUUCUGGCUCUGCAAUCGCAGCUUCCAGAUAAGUCCUUUGCUUGUCCCCACCCUAUCCUAGCUCACCACCCUCAAGCUCCUCCUGUGUGAAAUUCCAAAGCCUUCCCUGUAGAGAGCUUUGGAAAUUGCUACAUUCCUCGAUCCCAGAGUGUGUGUUUGUUUGGGGUUAUAUAAAUCUGACCUGGGGCACCUUGGUGGCUCAGUCAGUUAAGCGUCUGCCUUCGGCUCAGGUCAUGAUCCCGGGGUCCUGGGAUCGAGUCCCACAUCGGGCUCCCUGCUCAGGGGGGAGUCUGCUUGGAAUUCUCCCUCUCCCUCUCCUGCCCCUCCCCCCCAAAUUAACAAAUAAAUAAACAAAAUCUUUAAAAACAUAAUCUGAUCUGUGGAGGCCACCUGAGGACAUCCUUCAGGAGUGAGAUGAGACCUCAGCAUACUUAAGUGCAUGGCAACAUCUCUCAGUAGGGGAACCAUGACAUUUAUCUUCCCAUCCAGGACACUUGUGAUAACAAAAGGGAGAUCCAUGAACAUUUUCACCAGGACAACAAGCAUAAACCAGAAUGUCCAGGGCAAAGGUGUAUAUAAGGCAACUUCUUGAUAGAAAACCUGCCAGACGACCAGGAAAGUACACAUACUGGGACGAGGGUGACUUGAACCAUUUGGGACAAGGAUGGGGGUAGAAGAGGAGGAAAUGGGCACAGAGAGUAGCCUGUAAUCAACCAAGGGUGCAGAGGUGUUAUAUAUAAUCACUCUUCAGGGAACCGGGCCUCCAGCCCACGCCCCAGCUGCUCCCCCACCCCCUCCUCCCCGAAUUGACUGUCCCUUCUCUGGAACUCCUAAGCCUGACCCUGCUCCCUGGCCCUCCCAGCCCACGGUUCCCCUGACCCCGCUCCCUUUCCCAGAACUCAGUCGUCUGAGCCCCCAGCCUGUGGUUCACUCCUGGGCCUCAGCCUUUCCUGCCUUCGACUGAAACGGCAGCAUCUUCUCAGCCCUGGGGGCUUCCCCGGGGCCCAGCCCGGGGCCUAGAACCCGCCCGCCGCCUGCCACGCCGCCACGCUGCCACCGCCGCUUCCUCUAUAAAGGGACCCAGGCGUCCAGGCCCAGGGGCCCCGCACAGCAGGUUCUCCCCAUGACACCACCUGGACGGCUCUACCUCCUGAGGGUGUGCAGCGCCCCCCUCCUCCUCCUUCUGGGGCUGCUGCUGGCCUUGCCGCCUGAGGCCCAGGGGCUUCCUGGUGUGGGCAGCUCACCCUCAGCUGCCCGGACUGCCUACCAGCACCCUCAGAAGCACUUCGCACCAGGCACCCUCAAACCUGCUGCUCAUCUUAUUGGAGACCCCAGCACCCAGAACUCACUUCGCUGGAGAGCAAACACGGAUCGUGCCUUCCUCCGCCAUGGCUUCUCUUUGAGCAACAAUUCCCUCCUGGUCCCCACCAGUGGCCUCUACUUUGUCUACUCCCAGGUGGUCUUCUCUGGGGAAGGCUGCUUCCCCAAGGCCACCCCCACCCCUCUCUACCUGGCGCAUGAGGUCCAGCUCUUCUCCUCCCAGUACCCCUUCCACGUGCCUCUCCUCAGCGCUCAGAAGUCCGUGUGCCCAGGGCCACAGGGACCUUGGGUGCACUCCGUGUACCAGGGAGCUGUGUUCCUGCUCACCCAGGGAGAUCAGCUCUCCACUCACACAGAUGGCCUCUCCCACCUACUCCUCAGCCCCAGUAGUGUCUUCUUUGGAGCCUUUGCUCUGUAGAAAAAUCCAGAAAGAAAAAUAAUUGGUUUCAAGACCUUCUCCCCAUUUUGCCUCCAUUCUGACCACUUCAAGGGUCACCGCACCUCUCUUUUGAUCCUUCCAAUAGCCUCAAGUCUCCCCUGCUCGUGUUACCUGGCGCUUCCAAAGAAGGAAUUCUAGGCACCCCAGGGGACCAUACCUCCUUUCAGCAAACCUCAAUGCUAGGCUGAGGAUUUCAAGUCUGCCUAGAAAUUCCUGCCCAGAGCUCUUCAUCUGUCCUGCCGUCAAAGGAGGACCUAGCCCUGGACAUGGAGUGGUCAGACACCAGGAGGAGCUUGGGAGGAUGACAGAGAGGCAGGGGAGGGGGAAUUAUUUAUGCAGGGAAAGACUUAAAUUAUUUAUUUAUGGAGGAUGGAGAGAAGGGAAUAACAGAGGGCCACCAGAAGAGAGAGAAAUAUGCCCAAGAGAUGAAGAGCAAGAGAACAUCGGCGUAAGGAUAACACAGUGAAAGAGAAGACAAGUGGGGCUGAGACACCAGGGAGCUCUAGAAGGAAGCAAAAGACUCUUCAGAUCCAGCCACUGCUUGACUAAACACCCCGUGAGGAGACAUCUGCACCUUCGAUGAAGCCCAAUAAACCUCUUUUCUCUG